AUGGACCGCGUCGACCUAUCCUACACAAAGAACCUAUCCAUCCAUCAUUACCAGCCGGAAAAGACGCCAUGGCGUCGACUGGGACAAUACCUCUAUCGCGUUAUGGAAGACGGGACGCACACUCAAUAUCGUCUCGCCGCAAUCGAAAGUCUCCUUCCGCCUCACAGCGAGGGUCCCGUGUUCCAUUUUCAUGAGAUGCAUGAUGAGGGGUUUUACGUUACGAAAGGAACCGUCCGUUUCCACAGCCCCGGCCGUGCCGACGUUGAUGCCAAAGCAGGUGACCUGAUCAUCGUCCCUAUCCGUCUGCCUCAUCGAUUCAGUAACCCUUUCGACGAAGAAGCUGUCUUUAUGAACACAGCUACACCUGGAUUCUUCGUGAGGUACUUCGAGUACCUUGAGUACUUGAUUGGCGAGGGGACGGUGCUUACGCCGGAAAUCAACAAGGCCGCGUUGAGAAGGUUUGCGACUGUGCCGGUAAGCAAGGAGGAGGUAGAAAUGUUGGAGAUGGAGGGGAUGAGGGAUGGGAAUGCAGUUGUGGCUGAGACUGCGGCUGAGGGGGAGAAGUUCGUGGAUUUCCUGGCCGAGGAGAAAAAGGGUGAAUAG